CCUGAAAUGCUCUUGAUCUGAAGGUCUGAAGUGUUCCUGUGGUUCAGUGUUGAUCUUCAGGUUAAUGUUCAACACAGAGCUUCUCCACACUGCCCGCUGUUCACUGCACUGACCAGCAGCACGUCCAAACACACCGGGAUUCCUGGAGAUUCUUCUGCUGUUCUGCUGAUUACAGGAGUGAAGGAGCUCAGAGCCUCGUCCCUGUGAGCUGUGAUGGAGUCGCUGCAGUAUGACCGCUUCUCCUCGUCCGAGUCAGAAAGCUCUGACCGAUGUCAGACUGAAGCUCCUUCAUACACACAGAACCAACAGAACCGUCGCGUUUACAUCAUGAUUGGCGUGCUGGCUGUCUUCCUGCUCCUGCUGACCCUCUCAGUGGGCAUUAAAAUCACUCAGGUCAGCCAGCAGGUGUCCGAACUUGUCUCCUCACAACAGACCCACAGCUCUGCCAUGAAAGCUGCCCAGACAGACUCUGGAUCACAUCCCGCAGUGCCGCUGCCAGUGAGAGGUUCCUGUGAGAGUGACUGGGUCUUUUACAAAAACAAGUGUUAUUACACGUCUACUCAGAGGCUGAACUGGCACGACGCUGAGAAGAACUGCAAUCUGAGGAGAGGUCAUCUGAUGGUGGUCAACGACAAGGAGGAGAUGGAGUACAUAUCUCAGGUGGUUGAAGAACAUCUGAAUUAUUGGAUAGGUCUGGUGGAGAAAGAGGGUGAAGGGACGUGGAGCUGGGUCGAUGGAACAGACUUUGAAUCCACUGAGCAUUUCUGGGAUGAAGGUCAGCCAGAUGAUUGGGACCAGCGCGUGAAUGGAGAAGACUGCGGGCAGAUUCACGCAAAAAACAACUUCGUAGUAACAUACAGGCUGUGGAAUGAUGCUGACUGUACAAUACGGUAUAAAUAUGUAUGUGAGAGACCUGCUUAACACACACACACACACACACUAUGACUGCCUAGUUGAUUGUCCACAAGAGCGAGUGUCCUAUCAUCCAGAAAUUCAUACGUAAUUCUGUUUUGUGGCUUAGCAUUGUUAGCAUAAAUAAUAACCUGACUGAAACGCUGUGUGGCUAAUCACGUCACGUCUCACUCUUCACACACUGAAACGUCAUGCUCUACAUUUUUGCUAAUCUGUUUAUUGGUGUGUGAAAAAAAUAAAAGCUUGAAAAUCAACCAAA